UUUAACGAUUUUGUUUAGUUCAUAAUGUUAAAGUAUGUUAUGUAAAUAGAAGAUUAAACUCAUUUGCAACAUUAAAACCAUUCGUUUUAUACCAUAAAUCACCAGGUAAAAAAGUUCAGCAAAAGUUGUGAUACAGAUAAUAGUUUCUCAGAGGUGGAUUUAAAUUUUGUAUAAUCAUCAAGUGCAACUUAAGUAUAAUUAUAGUCAUUACUCGUACCAUUGUGCAAAGAUCGAGGUAUAGGAUUAUAUUGCGUGGAACUGAGGGGUAGCAGUUGCGACAUAAUAAUUAUUGUCUCUGUCAAACUCCGGAAGCUGAGCACGUUAUGCGCGUGCAAUUUUAACCAUUUCAAUUUUGUGCCAUAUAGGCAUUACAGUGCAAUCUGUUCACUGUUAAAAAGUACGUAAAAAGUUCAUUUAAGCUGGCACCAUUCUUACAUCUGUGUAUAUUAGAUAUCUUAUGAAGCAAUAAAAUGACAACAAAAAUAUUUGUUGACAAAGAAGAUGCGUUAGUUGACGAAACUGUCAAAAUUACUGUUGACGGACUGCAGAAAAAUCAGCAUGUCACUAUUAGAGCAGAGGUCAUCGAGAAAGGUCAGAUAUUUGCUGGAAGCGGGUGUUUCGUCGCUAACGACACAGGCACAGUGGAUGUUUCAACUCAGCCGUCAAAAUGUGGAACAUAUAAAGGAGUUUCUUCGAUGGGUCUCUUCUGGAGCAUGCAGAUCGCUCCAGGGAUGCCGAAAGGAAUUCGUCUUAUAAAGAAAAAUGCUUCGUCACCUCUUCUUACGAAUUUGACAGUAUUCUCCGGACAUUUUACAUUAAAACAAACAUACACUUUAAAUGUUGAUCAGUUAUGUAGUAAGCGAAUUAAUAGAUGGUAUAUUGUGAAAGGUGUUCAGAAAGUCAAGGUCAGGAGCGGACGGAUUCGUGGAACACUAUUCCUCCCACCUGGUAAAGGUCCAUUUCCAUGUGUAAUUGAUAUGUUUGGUGUAGUCGGCUCGUGUAUAGAAUUUAGAGCAGCUUUAUUAGCAUCUAGAGGAUUUGCUGCUAUUGCUCUACCAUAUUUCUUACACGACGAUCUUCCAGUUGAUUUAGGGGAAUUGGAAUUGGAAUAUUUUAUGGAGACUGUUGAUUGGCUAUAUGUUCAUCCAUUAAUUGACGGCAACAAUAUAGGGGUACUUGGUGUAUCCAAAGGAGGCGAGAUCGCCUUUCAUCUAGGACUUUACAAUGAUAAGAUAAAGUCAGUGGUAUCAAUCAAUGGCGGUCCGUUCUUUACCUCUAUGCCAAUGUUGUACAAAGAGGAAUAUAUUGGACAAACAGAAAACAGAUAUGAUAAAAUUAUUGUUACGAAAGAAGGAGUGGAUGUUACCGAGACGUUGUACUGCAAUGUUGAAGAUUAUGUCCCGAUAUGGACCAAAGAUGUCAAUGUUUUGAUUAUUUCCGGUUUGGAUGACAGAUGUUUAAAAUCGGACUUUUUAUAUAAUCUUUGGAAACGUUACCCUAGCAACCGGAAACACCUCUGUACUAUAUAUAGAUAUCCGGGAGCUGGGCAUCUUAUAGAACCACCAUAUUCACCUCUAGCCAGGUCUACAUUAGGUUAUUGCCCUGAAUCAGCCAUUAAAUAUCUCAAAGGAUUUACGACAGAUAAUAGAACAAUUUUGGUACUGUGGGGAGGUGAAACCGAGGCUCAUGCACACGCGCAGGAGGAUUCUUGGAAACGAAUAUUGAAUCAUUUUCGAACAACUCUACAGACGUCACAAAAGAAAGGAGACAACAUAUUAGAUAGCAAACUUUGAUUAACAAUGAAAUUAUUAUUUCCAAGACUGUUUGUUAUUACAUUAUAUUGUCUGGCUUGCAUUUUUGGAACAAUGAAAAUUUAAAUAAAGUCUGUUCAGCUCUAUAUAUAAAUAUUCCAGAUACUUAUAAAACAGUUGAUUUCCUUAAGAAAACAUUCAAAACAAUAUAGUCUUACAUAGUUUUAAUAUUUGUAAACAUCACAUUUUCAUCCAAUCACCUGAUGACCCAUUGAAUCAUACGGGUUUCUUUGCAUUUUUUAGCCAAUCGCUGACCACGUUACAACCAAAAGGCUAAUCACUUUCGGUUCCAGCAGUAUAAAUGCAAUCAAAGAUACAUGUACACUCCGUGGCCGAGUGGUUAAGGUCGCUGACUUGAGAUCACAGGUCCCUCACCUCUGUAGGUUCGAUCCUCACUCGGGUCGAAAUCUUUCAUGUGAGGAAGCCAUCCAGCUGGCUUACGGAAGGUCGGUGGUUCUACCCAGGUGCCCGCUCGUGCCUGAAAUAAUGCCCGGAGGGGCACCUGGGGUCAUCCUCCACCAAUAAAGCUGGGAAAAAAUCGACGAAAAAA